CAUGCGUCCCGCUGUCAGCCUCAGUUCCCCGCCUACGGUGUGCCUGGGGAUCAAGCAUGCUCGAGCCGAGGAUUUGGUACAUAGCAUCAGCGUGCAGUGGCGGGCAGAGCAAACGAUACUUUUUCAGAGCCUUAUAAGCCACGAUGGAGAGUCCAUAAACGAUGAACAAGCUGGUGUGCGAACCGUGGGUGGAUCAUCGGGAAACGGCCGCUUCAACUUACAGGGGAUAGUAUGUAUCAUCGCUGAAGACGAGAAGAGUCUCCGGCGUCGUCAGCGAGAGGCGGCGUAUGGUCUGCAUAUGAUGCAUCGAGGACCCGCCAACGGUGUCUGAAGUCUGCCACCAUCAUGCUAGUCGACAAUAAAAUACUAUUCUGAGCGGACAGCAGAUAUAACACAGAUUCUCAUGCGACGGAGCUCUGUAUAGAGAUAUAAGUAUUAGCUAACAAGUAUACAGUGGGGAGGCAGCCAACCUACCACACAACAUCUUGCCGAGCGGAAUAAAAGCUUUAGUGCAACCAUGGCUAUUCAACACACUUCCUCCCGCAACCACAACCAGUUGAUGCGUCAGAACUCAGAAAAGUGAGGACAUCAGAGAUUCCAUUUGCUAUGUUACGAAUCAUCAGCAACAAAGAUGCUACACUUUCCCAUCAAUACUGCACGUACUUGCAAAAUCACUCAUCCCGAUCAGAACGACGAAAGAUACAUUCUACCAACCGGCUUUUUGAAGUACGCAACCAGCCACCACAGCAACAGCAACAGCGACAGCAUCGUACGAAAGUAGAGUUUUAAUUGCCGAACAUCGACUCG